CUCAAUUGAACAAAUUUGUCCACUGUGAAGUGUAGGCACACUUGAGAAAUGCUGAAGCUCUUCGCAUGGCGUCGCUCAAUUCCUACGAAUUGCUCGCGGCCGUACCUCUUAAUCUCUCGUUUCCUUUCCGAACGCCCGUCUCCAUCUUCACAGGACCAUCAACAAUCUGAAAUCCUCAAGGAAAAGAGACCCAAAACCACCUCGCAAGCACACGCGACUAAUUCGGAUGGGGCCGGCGAGAAUUCGGAGCUUCCUUUCGAUUUCAUGUACUCUUACUCAGAGUCGAGCCAGGGCGCUAAGCCCAUUGGGUUCCGCGAACCCCCGAAGUUCUCCCCGUUCGGGCCGGGCCGAAUUGAUCGGGAAUGGAAUGGGGUUUGUGCCCCCGCCAAGCAUAAGCUCGACGCGGACAAGCUGACGGAGGAGAAGGAAAAGAUUCUCGGAGACCCGCUCUCAGAUGAGGAGAUCGCCGAGUUGGUGGACAAGUAUCGCCACUCCGAUUGUUCCCGUCAAAUCAAUUUGGGUAAAGGAGGUGUCACACACAAUUCACUUGAAGAUAUCCAUAACCAUUGGAAAAGGGCAGAGGCAGUGAGAAUAAAGUGUUUGGGGGUGCCAACACUUGACAUGGACAACAUAUGCUUCCAUCUUGAGGACAAAUCUGGUGGGAAGAUUAUAUAUCGCCACAUAAAUAUCCUCCUUUUAUAUCGCGGGCGCAACUAUGAUCCUAGAAAACGACCUCAGCUCCCAACGAUGUUAUGGAAGCCAUAUCCACCAUUAUAUCCCAAGCUGGUGAAGAAAGUUGCUGAUGGUCUGACAUUCGUACAAACUCAAGAGAAGCGGAAUAGAGGACUUGCCUCUCCUCCACUUAUGAAACUUACAAGGAAUGGUGUGUAUGUAAACGUUGUUGAGAGAGUGAGAACAGCUUUUGAAACUGAAGAUGUCGUAAGGAUCUGGUUCCUUGUGUUCCUAUCUUGUUCAAAGAUGAGCAAAUUAUACUCUGGAAAGGGAAAUGAGAAGAAUCGUGGAGCUUUCAAGCCAAAAUGACUGUGAUUGAGAUGUGAAUAGAUUUUGUUGGUGGAACUCUUUGGCGUGGAUUUUUUUAACUUGAGAGUUUCAUUCAAGUAAUUUCUGAUUUCAGUUGUUAGGCUCUUUUACAUUUUCUUAUUUACAAAUAGAGAUUUUUCUUGAUACUAACAUGCAACCAGUUAACUAUUCUUUUCCCAAGUCGUUGAAUUUUAUUUUUUAUUUUUUAAUUAAGAAUUGGACCUGUCAUGUGAGAAUCGCCAAACUGACCCUCUAUAAGGUUCUUG